GACAUUCAGCGCAGCUAUAAGCGCUUGGAGUCUUUGCCGGUGAAGGCGCCGGAGGCUGACACCGCUAGCCUGCAGACAAACUACGAGGUAUUGGCGGCACAGCUUGCCAGUGAGGUGGCCUUGCGGAAGACAGCCGAUGCGCGCUUGCAGCGUAUCGAGGCGCGGCUGCUCCAGGACCGCAACGAGAGGGCCCAACGGAUUGCCUCAGUCAAAGCCGGCGUAGACCAG